AUGUCGCACCAUGAAGACGAUUCGUCUGCGCAAAAGGAGCACCUCUGGAAAGAACUUGAAACCUGCAUGCUUCGGCCCUGCGCGACCCACGAAUCCAUCGACGAUGCGUUGCGAGAAUGGUUAGACAUCACCACACAGCUACAAGAAUGCUGCCGAUCUGGCCAAGACGACGUCCUGCGGUGCGCACGAAUCUUACGGGCGAGCACAAUAUUUCAACAUAAUGCAGACUACGUCCAAACACAACUGAUUCAUAGCCUGCUACAAGAGGAUAGCACCGAUACUCUCUACGCAAUCUCGAUGCUUCUGUUGCUCGAUGGCCAUUUUGAUGAGAGCUUGUUUUCUCGCAUGAUAAGAGAAUCUUGUUUCCCACGACUUCUAGAAUUAAUUCGAACCCAUGAAUCCGAUCCUGACACGCGACUGCAUAGGUUAUUACUGCAGUUAGCUUAUGAAAUGUCCCGAAUUGAACGACUCAAGCGAGAGGAGUUGGCUCUAGUCGACGAUGAAUUUAUUCAUAGUCUAUUCCGCAUAAUUGAAGGAGUUUCUGACGACGCAAACGACCCAUAUCAUUAUCCCACUAUUAGAGUACUGCUCGUCAUGAAUGAGCAAUAUAUGCUAGCCUCUACUGAUGCUCCAGCUGAGGACGGAAUAACACAAUCAUUAACAAACCGCAUCGUCAAAUGUAUCAGCCUGCAUGGAUCCCAUUUUAUGACGUUUGGCGAGAAUAUCAUUCUGCUCCUAAACAGGGAGACAGAAACAUCGCUGCAAUUACUUAUCCUGAAGCUCUUAUAUCUCUUGUUUACGACAAAAGCGACAUAUGAAUAUUUUUACACUAAUGACCUUCGAGUCUUGUUAGACGUUAUAAUUCGGAAUCUGAUGGACCUCCCGGACGAGCGCAUGUCCUUGCGACAUACGUAUUUGAGAGUCCUACAUCCGCUUCUUGCUCAUACGCAAUUGUCAGAGCCGCCACAUUACAAAGAAGAUGAGAUUUUACGAUUGAUUAAGCUUCUUCGAGGAUCACAAAACGCGCACUUUGCGCCGGCCGACGAAACUACCGUGCGACUGACGGAAAGAGUUGCCGCCAUUCCAUGGGUACAAACACACGAAGGCAAUGAAUUAUCCGGGUCUGCCGUAGCUGCCCAAAAGAUAUUAGGAAUUAGCCUUUCAAAAGACCAAUAUGCUAGUAGCAUCAGUGUGGGAGAUGUCGCCAAUGUUACGGAGAAGCCGGGCGUUCAAACACCAAGUCGACAUGGCGCAAAGAAGGAUAUCGCGGCAGACUCGACAGAUUCAGAGGCAGGAACGAAAGAGAGGCUAAAGAAACCUCUACCUGCGGUCCCAAAACACCGUCAUGGGAUACCAUUUUCUAAGCCGAAUGGCGAUAUGAAUAGUGAUCCCAAGCGUAUCCCACCGAAAGCACCACCACCAAGGCGAGUGGGCAAGGCCGCUGCGCAAGCCAGCAACAAGCGGGGGGCAAAGUGA